AUGGAUCUUCUUCAAUUUCUUAACAUACCCUCUUUGCUUUUGGCAUUCAGUUUCCUCAUAGUGUUGCUUACAUUCCUCUUCAAGGAUAGUUCAAGAAAAAGAAAACUUAAACUCCCACCAAGCCCUCCAAAGCUACCUGUUGUUGGCAACCUUCACCAGCUAGGAAACCAGCCUCACCUAUCUCUCCGGUCCUUGGCACAAAAGUAUGGUCCAAUAAUUUACUUACAACUUGGUGAGAUCCCAACUGUGGUGGUUUCAUCAGCUAGAGUUGCCAAGGAAGUACUGAAAACCCAUGAUCUUGCACUAUCAAGCCGUCCACAAAUCUUUUCAGCCAUACACCUCUUCUAUAAUUGCACUGAUGUUGUCUUCUCCCCUUAUGGUGCUUAUUGGAGACACAUACGUAAGAUUUGCAUACUUGAGCUGUUAAGUGCCAAAAGAGUGCAGUCAUUUAGCCAUGCCAGAGAAGAAGAAGUUGCUCGUCUGGCUCGUCGGGUUGACAUAGUUAAAUACACUAACCGGGUGACUAUCACUGAUAUGAAUGCCAUCGAAGCUCAUCUGGUCCAACACUUUGAGAAUGCCUUCACAAGUGAUCCGAAUAUUGUGAAUACAGGGCUAGUGGAACGUACUAUUCCCCGCUUAGUUACUGAGGAAGAGAAUUGUGCCCUUCUGAGUUCUGGCAGUCCCAUCAACACAGGAAAUUCAUGA